GAUGGCCACUCAAUAAAUAGCGUGCGUUUCCCCCAUGCUAGAACAAGUCUACAGACACACAGCACACAAGGGGUGGGUCAUUAAUAACUAAUUACCCCAGGUCAGACCCUCACGCGUAUAUAAAGCCCACCGGGAGCCUGCAGAAGAGAAACAUUUUCGCACAGCGAACCACGAAGGCUGAUCGAGUUUAGAUUGAGAUUUUUUUUAAAUAUAUAUAGGUGCAUUAUUUACUUUAUUUUAUUUACUAAAAAACUAUCUUCUUGUAUAACAGAUUUAUUUCUAGAUAAGGGACAUAUCUGUUAAAUUAUAGUGAGAUCAGAAAUAAUGGGUUCCGUGUUGCCCGCUGAAGCGUUGGCCCUGAAAGCUGGAUUUAAGCCGCACACACUGGCUUUGUCAGACAUCAUCACCUCAGACAUCCUGCACAGUUUCCUGUACGGUCGCUGGAGAAACGCGCUCGGUGAGCAUCUGUUCGAGGAGAAGAGUAGCGCCGCGGGACCCAAGACGGCCUUUACUGCGGAGGUGCUGGCGCAGUCCUUCUCCGGCGAGGUACAAAAGCUGUCAAGCCUUGUGUUGCCCAGUGAGGUGAUUAUUGCACAGAGCUCCAUCCCUGGUGAAGGUCUUGGCAUCUUCUCUAAGACAUGGAUCAAGGCAGGCACUGAGAUGGGACCCUUCACUGGCAGGGUCAUUGCACCUGAACAUGUAGACCUCUUUAAAAACAACAACCUUAUGUGGGAGGUUUUCAAUGAGGAUGGGACAGUGCGCUACUUCAUUGAUGCCAGUCAAGAGGACCAUCGCAGCUGGAUGACCUACAUCAAAUGUGCUCGAAACGAGCAAGAACAGAACCUAGAGGUGGUGCAGAUUGGAAGCAGCAUAUUUUACAAAGCAGUAGAGACAAUACCACCAGAUCAGGAACUGCUGGUAUGGUAUGGAAAUUCCCACAACACAUUUCUGGGUAUUCCUGGGGUUCCUGGCAUGGACGAGGAACACCAGAAGAAGCAUAAAAAUGAAGAUUUCCACGUGUGUGACACCUCGUCGUCCAGCACGUCCCUGGGCACGGUGGGUCGCAUGCGCUGCGUGAUCUGCCACCGCGGCUUCAAUUCACGCAGCAAUCUGCGCUCACACAUGCGCAUCCACACACUCGACAAGCCUUUCGUCUGUCGCUUCUGCAACCGUCGGUUCAGUCAGUCAUCCACGCUGCGCAACCACGUGCGCCUGCACACCGGCGAGCGCCCCUACAAGUGCCACGUGUGCCAGAGUGCCUACUCACAGCUGGCAGGCCUGCGUGCGCAUCAGAAAAGCGCAAGGCACCGUCCUCCAAGUUCUGGGUCGGUGGUGGGGCUGCAGACCCCGUCACCUCCUCCUCCUCCUCAGAUCGCAGCGGUGCCUCACCCGGCCUCGUUGGUGCACCACAUACCCACCAUGGUGCUAUGAUCUGAAGUGAAGUGUUACUCUGUUUUCAGACUUUACAGCCUCAUAGAGCUAAUAACGCUCCCUGAAGUUGCGCAUCCUCUUAGUGGAUGCUGUUCAUGCUCUUGGCUGUGUGUUGGAGAGUCGAUACACGGGUCUGAGCAGCUCAAGUUGUGACAGUACUGACAUGUGAGACAGAGUGUGGGUUUUGUACGCUUAUUGUGUUGAAUUUUCAAAGGCAAAACUAGCAGAAACUACUGAGUAGAAGCCUAAAGUCAACUGAUAUCUGUUAUAUGGAUCUGCUCCUCCAAGAGUGAGCAAUGUCAAUGAGGUGGUCAGUCAAAAUCUAUCAAUUCUUGCAUGCAAAAUUGUUACAGUGUAAAAAGGAGUGCCAGCAUGUAAAAAUGCACUACUAUAAUUAGGUGACAGAAAAUAGCCACAAGAUUUUUUGGUAUCAAACUUCAAAGAAUGCACAUAAAGAGGUUGCAUUCAGUGAAUAAAUAUAAGGACGGUCUGUAAUAAAGAGAUUUUUAAACCUCGCUAGCUCCACCUACUGACCUGCAUGUCACCUCUAUCGACUAAAAUUCAGGAGCACAAAAAUUGUAAAAUAUCUGUGUAAGGUUUGUAAAGUAAUGUGAAUAUAAUUUUAAAAUCUACUACUUCUACAAUUUACUGAACAGUCACUUUAUUUGUGUAUGUAUGUAAAACCUAAAAAAGAAUAACUGGCUAUAUUAUAUUAUGUACUAUUGUUUUCUGAAAUAAACUCUUUGA